GAAAUAUGAUAUUCCUUUUAACGUCAUUUGAUAUUAAAAUGAUAGAAAAGGGGUAAGUAUAAGUACAUGAAGUGAGAAUGCCUAAAAAAUAAUGGAAGACAGCGAUGGAUCAUCUUCCGUAGUUAAGACUUAAGACACACCGGGGUCGGAUACGGAUGCACGAUCCGGUCCCCGCCAUCAACUCUCUUGAAAGAAAGAAAGAAAAAAGAAAGAUGAAUUUGGUUGCAGAAUCAAAUUGAAGCCAGGGGACCAUACAGAAAACGUUGCUUUCGGACUACUCUAAAUGGCUUCUUGAAAACAAGAAUCAAUAAAGCUACACAUACCUUGCCAGAUUGACUGCCAUUGAAGAACCAGUACGAUAUCCAGUUUUUGAGGGGCUUUUUUUUUCAUUGAAAACAGAGAAAGCUGAACGCCUUUCUCUGCCGCACAAAGUGCACUUACCCUUACCUUCCGUCAUUUUCCGUCAGCGGUUGCCAGUUGCCAUUGCUAUUGCCAUUGCCAUUGUCAUUGCCAAUGACUUCUCAGUUUUCGAAGCAACUUGUCUCAGUCUGGCCCCCCUUCAACUUUGCGUGCUUUUAUAAAGUCCUUUUUUAGUUAAACAGUUUUUGAUAUUUUGGCUGUGAUUCCUCUUCGAAGAAAUAUGAAUUUGGAAGCGUUUCAGUUUGUGGAUGAAGAGAUUCAUAACCUGAUGUCGGCGGAACCACCGCUGGAGACUGGCAAUUCCUUCACGGCUCUUCUCGAGCUUCCACCGAAUCAAGCGGUGAAGCUUCUGCAUUCGCCGGAGGAAGAAACACCAAACGUUUUCCCCUCCGUGACGGCGAAGGAGAAUUCGCCGGAGACGACGGGAUCGAUUCUAAUCCUACAAAAUCCGAACCUUAUUAUCAGUAAUCCGGUGAAACAAGAGCCUCUGGAAUCAGGUUCCCUGCACAAUUCAUCACCGAUUUCCUCAGAUCCAAUAGAUUCAAUGUCAACAAAACGAAAGGAUCGAGAUAAGACGGUGAAAUCAUCGGCGAAGAAGAGCAAAACCGCUGCAAAAGUCACCGAACGCGAGAAGCUUCCGUACGUUCAUGUUCGAGCUCGACGGGGUGAAGCUACUGAUAGCCAUAGCUUAGCUGAACGAGCAAGACGGGAGAAGAUCAAUGCUCGGAUGAAGCUUUUGCAAGAACUGGUCCCUGGUUGUAACAAGGUUUCUGGUACAGCAAUGGUGCUUGAGGAGAUCAUCAAUCAUGUACAAUCCCUACAACUUCAAGUAGAGUUUUUAUCGAUGAAACUCGCUGCUGUUCACCCAAGAGCUGAUAUCAACUUCGAAAGUUUGUUUUCUUCCGAGAGUGGGUCCCCGAUGGAGUGCAACUUCACGGGGUUGGCUUCGCAAUCAUGGUGGCCUGAUGGAGAAGUGAAUGGGAACACACAAGAAAUAUGGCAUCCUGAUGGACUCAGUAACUUCGUAACAACAGAGACCUCACUUUUGAGCUACGACUCUUCAGGUAAUUCAGCUUCUUGGCUGACUAGUCAGCUGAAAAUGGAGUUAUAAUGAAGAUGGUGUGUCACUUCAAAGGUAGCUAGCUUGUAUAUAUAUAUAAAGUUGGGAGUGAUUUAUAGAAGAUUAGAAGUGAGGUAAAAAGCUAUAAAAUUUGAAGCAAUUUCAGAAGUACGCGGAUUUUAAUUCAAUGUAGUAACUACUAAGAAAUUGAGUACUUAUAUAUGUAGAUUUUAUAAUUAUGUCAUAUAAUAACAUGUAAUAAUACAUGAAUAAAGAAAUCGCGACAUAAUUAUAACCAUUCCUGAAGUUUACCAUGUAUAUAACAAACACGAUUUUUGACACUACCAAAUAAAAAUCAUAUUAAGAGUUAUAUGGUAUUGGAAUGAUGCGACUCAAAACCCUAUAGAAAUUUGCAAGAAAUAUCAAUAUGUUUUAUGUUUCAGACAGUUUUAAGAUCAAGGAACUUUUCUAGGUUGAAAUGUAGGUCCGACGUGUGAGUAUGUGGGUUUGUUUUCGGGCAAUUUUGUGACACAACCAUAUAAGUAUCAUAACAUAUGCACAAACCAGACAUAAUUUAUAUACAAAUUUAGAAUAUGUAAUAAUCGUUUUUAAAUUAUAGAAUGAAUCAUUUUCUACUUUUUUUUUUUUAUUUUUUUUAUUUUUAUGUUUGUGUCCAAUUAAACCAAAGUCCUUGGGCAACUAAAAAUCAAAUAUAAAUUUUUUUUCAAAGGACGCUAUUUUGGUACUUGAGUUUUGCACACAUAAUAAACUUGGUUGUAGUAGACGGACUUAAAUUCAUUAAACUUGUUAGAUCAAGUUUUAAAGAAAGGUUGCAAUAUAACGUUUUGUAAGAGGCAACUUCUUUUGGUUGGGUUAGAAACUUAGAAUUGGAACUUUCCUACUUGGUGGAAUUCAAUGGAUAACAUGUUUGAAUGUGCACUAAAAAAUCAUUUAAAAUGUUUGGAUAAAAAAGGUUAUUCUCUAUUUUCAAAAAUUAAUUUGAACCGUCCCUUGGUUUGAUUUUUCUUACACGCUUAGUCCCUAUUAAAAUGAAAUGAUUGUUUUACCCUUACUUAUUUCUUUUUAGAUUUUCUUUUAUUUCUUUAUCAGUUUUAAAUAAAAAAAUAAACCAAAAAUCUCCACCCCUCUUUACGACACUUCCCUUCUCCUCUCUUCCCACCUCCUUAUUCCUCCAGCAACACCUCGAUCUGAAACCCUCCAUCUGAAACUUCAUCGACGACGUCCGAUGAUGGCACACAAGUGAAGAAGGAGAUCGUCGACUUCCGAAAAAGCAUCACCAUCGUAGUCCCUCUCAGAAAUCUUCUCUUCUUUUAUGCAACUCCACCGGUCACCCUGCAUCUGCAAAUCCAACCUGUAAAUCUCAAAUCCCUAGCGCAAAUCGGUGUAAAACCCAACAGGUGGCGAUGAACGCUCCAUCUUCGGCGAACAGGUGUUGACGAAGACGGAGAUUUUCAGUUGAACAUAUGUAGAUUCGACUGUGGAGCUUCGAUUCUAACUGUGGAGAUUGAUGUUUUGAAUGAAGAUCUGUCGAAGAAACCCUAACCAACGUGAUAGCGGCACACAUGUGAAGUGGCAACGGUAACUUAGAGGCGGGGGUGAGGGUGGGCAUCAAAAGGAGCCUCUGUCAUAUUUAUAUUAAGAAAGAGGGUAGAGAAAGAAGUUGAAGACCAUCACAUGAGUCUCUGUUAGAUCCUAUCGUUUCCACCGGAGAAGAAGAGCACCAGAUUCCGACGAAAAGGCUCUAGAACGAUGACCACAACCACCCAUCAGAAAGUUGUGGGGAAUGUUCGCUGGAGGGUGGAGACGGUGGUGGUGGCCGACAGUUUGUAUGUGUGUGUUUGAGUGCUUCUUUCCAAUCAGUAACAGUGAAGGGGUGGAUAUGCCGGGGAAAAUGAAGGGGAUGG